AUGCAAUCCGACGAGAUUUCCUCCAAUGAAGCCAGAAAUUUACUAAAGGAACAAUUAAAUGAGCUUUUACAGAAUUUGUUUGAACUAAGUGUCAUUGUUUAUGAUUUUCAGCCUGACGGAAACAGACUCGUAUGGAAGAAGAUAAACAGCAUAAUCGAACACUAUAAAGAGAUUAAUGAGUUAAGAGAAGGGAUAACUGAAUAUAUUCCAGAAGAAGUUAUAAAUUAUGUAGAACAUGGUAGAAACCCUGAACUAUUUACACAAAACUUUGUAGAAAGAACAGCUACAGAAAAUCAGUUUACAAAUGGCAAAAUUAAAGCAGUUGAUGAAUUCAAGCAAUUGUUAACUGAAGAAUUUACAAAGUCCUUUCCUGAUCUCUAUGAUUACGAGGAUGCUAUCGAUACCACCACUUCAUAA